GUUGUCGCAUCCACAGCGCGGGGAUAUAUCCGAACACUGCGCUGUUACGUGACCGCGAGGACGCGCAUCGUUUUUUUAUCCCACGACUCGUUCAACUAGUCGAAAUUCAAUCCUCGUCAUCCGAACGUACGUACGUAUAACGUUCAAUUGACGGUAUACGAUAAUCACGCGUGCUACACCGUUAAUUUCGCCAGGCGUUUCUCCGACUACGAGAUAGGUGAAGAUCUGCGAAAACUUGCAGAGCGUAUAUGCAUCUGUAUGUAGGUCGGCUCUUUGCGAGAUUCAAGUUUUCACAAACCUUCGCCGAUCUCGAUCCGGAUAAUCGAUCGCCCGACGGUAGAUCGGUGACACAAAUUUUUUUCUAUCAAGGGUAAACCCCGCCGACUAGACGUGUACGUACAUCGUUAAACGGAACGUAUGUUACAACGACGCGAAUAUUCACCACGUACUGUACUUCAAUUGGUAUUUUAUUUUUCUCGCCGCUUAUAAAUUACGACAGUAAAUUAAAGACCGUCGUAAAGAUUAAUACGUGUGAUUUGAUCGAGCGUGGCAGCUGCAGGUCUCAUUUAUCGCCUUCGUGACGCUGGUUUCGCGGUCUAUAUUUUGCCGAUAACUGUUCAAAAACGUCGAAAUAAUAUUUCACGUUUGAUCACCGCAGCUGAAGAAAUGAGUCCACAUGGAGAUUACAAUUUUCAUUCAGACGGCGCAUAUAAGCCGGAGGCUUUAAAAGAUGUAGAUUACUUUCCUCGAAUGAAGUAUCGCGCUGAUUAACGUAGGUGUUGCGAAAGGUUCUAAAUUUUCAUUUGUACUCUUCACGUACGGAAUGCGAAUUGGUAAUACGACGUUAUAUCUGCCACCGACUAUUGAAACGUCGCGAUGAGGGUAGGCGUGUUGAGAACAGACUCAGAAAUAUCUCGCAAUUAGGAGAAUCAAGUGACUUCAUUACUCCGUAAAAACGGUGGGGAUUUACGGGGGAGCGGCGAAAGAUGCAGCGUAGAGAAAAUUCAGUGGUGAAUUCGGAGGCCGCGACGUUGGAAGCCGGAUAAAUCGGUGCGACGAAAAUAAGUAGCCGGAUAAGGUACCGAGUAUCAAUUUUCAACUACCGAAGAACGAUAGAGAAAAACUGAGAAGAAUGGGGGACAGAAGUGCAGCGAGCAACGUUACCUCGCGUUUGAAGAACAUCGUCAACGAGGCUCCGUUCUUUUGCAAAGUUAUCGAACUCAUAAUCUGCGUGGUGACGGUUGGCUUGAUCGUCGAUCCAUUCAACAGCCGGAUGCAGGCCGACCCGAACCACGCCGCUAUUGUUUACGUGUCUCUGUGCGGUUACAUUUUGAUAAACGCGAUUUUGAUACUCUGCUACCUGAUCGGCGAGCGUCAACCGAAAAGAAUGUCGAUGGUGUUCUCCGUAACCGGUGCUAUUCUCUGCUGCGCCGCGGGUAUCGUUCUGAUCCACGACUGGAGUAAACUUUACGGAAACAUGAUAUCCCAAUACUACAAGCAGUACUCCGAUCAGAUGGCCGCCAGCGGAGUAUUCGCUCUUCUGGCAGCCCUCGUAUUCCUGAUCGACGCUAUCGUUACGAACAAAUACGUCGCAUGACCCGACCCGUUUAUCUUCGUUACAUUAAGGACAGGACGUCGAGGAAGAGGAGGAGGAGGAGGAGGAGAGCCGACGCAGCGAUACCGUAAAUUGCAUAUUAUCGAAGAUGCGAGCGUGAAACCAUAAAAUACACGCCGUACUUGCGAGCGAAUAAAAAAAUGUAAACACAAACGCGAAGGGGUCGACUGCGGGAUUCGUUACGCAACUCGAGAUACUAACAGCGAUCGUAAAUAGACAGCCGCAUGUACAGGUAUUACAGCUCUAUGCGAGGCAAUCAUUGAAGUUAU